AUGAAGCUUACGGCUGAGAUUGACAAGAACAACAAUCAUCGCAUGGGGGCUCUGAUGCAUGCAAUUGAUUAUGAACAUGAAGAGAUGGUGAAGAUGUUACUCACUCGAGACGAUCUCGACGUAAAUGAUGAUAUUGAUACGGAGAUCAGAGAUGGGGUUGGUCGGACGCCGCUGGACCGGGCCAUUGAGGGCAAGAAUCAGUUGGCUAUUAAGGCAUUGAAGAAUUGGCGCGGCGACCGUGAUAUCGAGCAUUAG